CAUAAUUAUUAUUGCCCCUCCCCUUAAUCAACAUCAACAACAAAAACAUGAAGAAACUUAUUCGACGUUUAUCGCGUGUAGCUGAUUCCUCCUCUAACUACUCCUUGCUCCGUUCUGAAUCCCGCUCCUCCUCUCGUCCCCGUCGUCUCCAAUCCUUCCGUACCGGAAAGCUCAGAUCCGGCACCGGAGUUCCUGAAGGACACCUCCCUGUUUACGUCGGUGAUGAGAUGGAGAGAUUUAUUGUAAGUGCUGACCUUCUCAACCAUCCUAUCUUUGUUGAGCUCUUGAAUAAGUCUGCUCAAGAGUAUGGUUACGAACAGAGAGGUGUUCUUCGUAUCCCCUGUCAUGUUCUCAUCUUUGAACGAGUACUUGAGGCUCUUCGGAUCGGUGAUGACCUUCAGGAUCUUCUCACUGCUCUCUCCGAUGACUUGCUUUAGCACCAUUUUUCUCCUCUCCAACAGUGGAAUUAGCGGUUAGGUAGAGCAGAUCGAUCGAUCAUGUUUUCUCUGUUUUUUCCCCCUUUCUUUCCGAGUCUCUGUAAAUAUUAUGUGGAGGAGGACUUCAGCACGAAAAUGUGAUUGACAUAUACUACUACAGUACUUUUUUACUCUUAACAUUUUUGUUAUUUCUCAAA